UCAAACUUUCCUUCCGCCUUCUUGCUUUUUUUAACCUUUUCAACUUUUUAAAUUAAAAAAAUGGCGUACGAUCCAAAAGCCGAUGAAAAACUAAGCUUUGAAACAUCCGAGAAUGUCAAGGUCGUCCCUACCUUCGAUUCGAUCGGCCUGAAGGAAGAUCUACUUCGUGGUGUCUACGCUUACAACUUUGAAAAGCCAUCCGCCAUUCAGCAAAGAGCCAUUGUCCCCAUUAUUCGUGGACGCGAUGUCAUUGCUCAGGCCCAAUCCGGUACUGGUAAAACAGCCACGUUGGCCAUUUCAGCACUUCAGACGAUCGACACGUCACUUCGCGAAACACAAGCAUUGGUCCUUUCGCCAACACGUGAACUGGCCACACAGAUUCAAAGCGUUAUCUUGGCCUUGGGCGAUUACAUGAAUGUGCAGUGCCAUGCCUGCAUUGGUGGCACGAGCGUGGGUGAAGAUAUUCGACGAUUGGAUAACGGUGUACAUGCGGUUUCCGGCACCCCUGGCCGUGUAUUUGACAUGAUUCGACGACGCAACUUGCGUACGCGUAAUAUCAAAAUGUUGAUUCUUGAUGAAGCAGACGAGUUGCUCAACCGUGGUUUCAAAGACCAAAUUUACGACGUGUAUCGAUACCUGCCCCCGGCCACGCAGGUCGUUCUUUUGUCGGCUACUUUACCCCACGAUGUUCUCGAAAUGACCCGCAAUUUCAUGACCGAACCCAUCCGGAUAUUGGUCAAGCGUGAUGAAUUGACCCUCGAAGGCAUUAAGCAGUUUUUCGUCGCUGUCGAGCGGGAAGAGUGGAAGUUUGAUACAUUGUGUGACCUUUAUGAUACAUUGACCAUUACUCAAGCCGUUAUUUUCUGUAACACUCGACGCAAGGUCGAUUGGCUUACUGAAAGAAUGCGAGAGUCCAACUUUACUGUUUCGGCUAUGCACGGUGAAAUGCCUCAAAAGGAGAGAGAUGCUAUUAUGCAGGAAUUCAGACAGGGCGCAAGUCGAGUGCUGAUUACUACGGACGUUUGGGCUCGUGGUAUUGACGUACAGCAGGUCUCUUUGGUCAUCAACUACGAUCUUCCCUCUAACCGUGAAUUAUACAUUCAUCGUAUUGGUCGUUCCGGCCGUUUCGGCCGUAAGGGUGUUGCCAUUAACUUUGUAAAGAACGACGAUCUCAAGAUCUUGCGUGAUAUUGAACAAUACUACAGUACCCAGAUUGAUGAAAUGCCAAUGAAUGUCACCGACUUGGUUUAAAAAAGAGUGUUCUGUCCCCUCCCCCCCCUUGGAACGAGAGUUUGGAAGAAGAAAAAAAGUAUAAAAAUUAAGAAUGAUGCCACUCGUGUGUGUGUGUGUGUGUGUGUUUUGUUUUUCCGUUCCUUUCGCAUUUUCGCGUUAAAUUCCUUUUCUUUAAAAAAGCUUAGCAGAAUCCCGUUAUUCCACAUGUAUAAUGCUAUUGUCAUCAAACAUAUUUCUUUGCUAUGG